AUGGGAGGCAACAAAAAGAAAGCAAAUACGCAAAACCAAAAUCAGCAACAGCCGCCGAAGUCGCAACGCUCUGAUGCUGCUACAGCCGCAGCAAAGCCCGCCGCUAAGCCCGAAAAGGGACAGCAUAAGGCGAAGCGCGCUGGACAAGAUGCUGGUGCUUCCGCGGGCUUAGCAACCCCGUCGAGCACAAACAGCAGCAGCAUCGGCUCCUUCGGUCCUCUUGCCGACGGAGAUGAGAGCCAUGCGGACAACGACAGCAGUGAUGCUGAGUCUGCUCACGACGACAACAUCGGGAGUCGAACCGACGACGACGUCCACACCGGCAACGGUGAUGGACGCGCGUGGGGGGAAGUCGAUGACGACGACGUCGACGGACAGNGUCGAUGACGACGACGUAGACGGACAUGACUACGACGACGGCCUCGCG